ACAUGAGCAGUGUUGUUGUAAAAAAAGUGUUAAAAAAAUAAAAAUACUAUCCUUAUGUCCAAUCUGCACUGGAUAUAUUUCUGGAAUAUUAAAUCUCUACCCAAUAGUGUAAAAACAUGUGAGUGCUUAGUUUGUAUGCUUUACCUCUUGCAGAACAGCUCAUGCAUAACAUUUCACUUCUGUUUAGAUGAAAAUUUAUUGAAAUGACUAUGAAUGAGAGUUUUUUUGGUCAGUACUCAGUGUUUUGUGUGUUUGGUUCAGUUGUUGGAUGUGUAGUUGUUCCAUUAAUUGCCCAAGUUUUGCAACAGCAGUCAAUGGAGUGCAUGAUCCUGUCUGCAAUAGUGAUCAGCUUAACAGCAGCUCAUUUAAAUAAAAAAGGAGGGCAUGAUCUGAACACCAAGGCAUUAGUUACAAAAGAGUUAGAAAAGAAGAGAACCAGUCACAACAAUAAUAAUAAUAAAAAACAUAAACAAACUCAUGCGCAUCAACAGCAGCACAAUCAUACGACGCAGCAUGAGCAGCAAUACAUGCAACAGCAUGAACAUCUAAAAGUGGUCGAGAUGGAACGACGGAGUGAAGAAAAAAAACAAAAGAAGUUAAAGAAGCGGGAAGAGAAGUUAAAAAAACGCGAAGAGGAACAUAGAAAGCAACAGGAACUUGACGAACGCUACCGUAUACUAAGAGAAAAGAAGUCUAAGCAAAAAGAGAACUUUUACCGACACAGUAAAUCUAGCCUGAAUUCAGCUGUCUCUAAUCUCGAGAAGUAUUGCUCGAGCGAAUUUGUAGAUAGAAGGCAAAGACAUGGACUUUCACCUUGGGAUGAGAAUAAGUACCCGAAACAAUGUUAUAAUAGUCACCAAAGGAUACCCAGAUUCGAACGUAACCGCACUGCUUCUACAGAAGGUGCUGCGCUAAGAUCACCUUAUGUUGGUAGUAGAACGGUGACUGGUUCGCUCAAUAUAAAAUGUUCGAACUUGUCAGCAAGCUGUAGCUCAUUAUCCAGUAUUAGUUCAAGUGGUUCGUCUUCACCUCCACUGCCAGCAUCCCCUCCACCGUGUAAAAACGUUGCUUGGAAAGUUCCUAGUUUUAAUCACGAUACUGCGACGUUAUCUUCGGUGUCACCAUGGUCUCAAACAGCUGAACGUGGCGUAAAAUCCUAUUCAAAUGUUCGUCAUGGAAAAAAUAAGCCAACACGGUUAUUUGAUAAUUCGUCACUGUUUUGCACUCAAGUUGACGCUGAUAAACGCCAACGAGAAAAGAGCAAUCUCCAAGGUGCGCAAAAUGCUGGUGAAUACACCUUGUUCGGGGCCCACUCAUUUGGCAAUGCGUUCAAAUCCCCGAUCAUGUGAUUGGUUUAUUUUUGUUAACAGUAUAAUAUAUCUAGUUUAUUUUUUUAUGUUCAUGACGUUACAGGUAAAGUCAUGUUAUUGAAAAAAGGCUGGCUGUGGAAAUAGAGAAAUCUAAUUAAAAGAAAUAGAA